ACUAAAUAUUUAAAUAGUGAUCAAAUACUAAUACUUUAAGAAAUGGCCAAAUUAAUUUUAAUUUUGUUAAUUAUUUUCUUUGUCAGUCACAUGGCUUUGGGUUUUGAAAAAUGUAUCAGUCAAACUGAUUGUGCCAAUGUUCAAAAAGCCAUCAUUGAUAUGGAAAAGAAUGCCCCUAAAACAGAUCAACAUAAUGGUGAAAUGGACAACUUUAAGAGAAUUAUAAAUGAAAAUUGCAAACUAAAGAAAUGCACCAUGGAGACCGACUGCAGAAAGUUUAUCGAUGGAUACCAAGCUCACAAAAAUGAUUUAUCAAAACUCAAGAAAGAAAACAGAGAUGCCUUAUUAAAUAUUCUCCAACAUAACUGCGGUGUUAAAACCAAUUAAAAAAUAUAUUUUCAUUUUGAAAAAUAUAACCCAAAAAAAAAUAUUUUAUACACUACCUAUGUGUAUUUUUUAUACUUUAAUAAUUUAAAAUAAAAUAAACAGUACAACAAAACUUUAGUUUAUU